AUGCCGAUGCGGGCGGCGAACGAUGGGUGGAAUCGGUUCGGCGCGCGGUCGACGUACAUCGCGGGGUUGAUCGAGACCGAGGAUGGGGACUUCGACGACGAGGAAUUCCCGACGGAUUAUCGCGCCGAGUUGGAGAUUCGGCUGAGUCAAAUCGCGCGCUUGGAGGACGCGUUGAAGGACGCGAACGCGCGCGCGGCGGUGGCGAGACGCGAAGAAAACGUCGAGGCGCAGAUGAGUAAGUUUCGUACGCACUUGCAAAACGUGCAGCGCGAGUUAGAGAACGUCAAGCGCGAGAGGGACGCGUACAAGAUGAAAUGGCACGCCUCGUCGGGUCCAGCCGAGGCGAAGACGCGCGAGGCGCGUCGGGCGAAUCAGCGCACGAUGGCGACGCAGACGACGUUUGACGACGACGAGAAGAAGAAAGACGCAGAGGUGGCGCCUUCAAAGAAGGAAAUUCGCGCCGCGGAGGAAAAGUGGAUGGAACAGGCGCGUCUCUUUGAACAAAAGUUUGAACGCCAAAUGGAAAUCUCCAACGAGUACGACCGCAAGUUGCGAGACGAGCGCACGAGGUUGAUGCGCAGUGAGGCGAGAUAUGAGGCAAGAAUCGAGGAGUUAACGACAAAGCAAGCCGAAUUGAUCGCCGAGUUGUCCGUGCGAGGCGUCGGGACGGCACCGACGAGCGAACAAACGGUGGAUUUCAGCCGCAAUCAAUUCGCCGAGUACGCGAAAAUCGGCGCCGAGGCGGCGACGACGCGCGCGUUCCCCGACGCUUCCCCGAUCGCGACGCUCCAUCCGCCGUCGCCACCGAUGGAGAUGUUUGAGUCGCCGUCAGCGAAUUUCGACGACGCGGAAACCAAGUCCGAUGUCGAAGUUGAGAAGAUUUCCCCCGCGAAAUUCGAGAGCGCGAAGAAGCUCAACUUCGCCGCGGCGUUGGAUGAUUUCUCCUCGAGCGACGACGAGGAUGUCAACCGCAGACCGAUGCCACCGCCGCAGAUACCAACCACAAAUAAUAUGCAGGCACCAACACCGCCGCUCGCGCGGACAUCGAGCGCGAGGAAGCCUCUUCGUCUCACCGUCGCCGUGGCGAAAAUCGUCAUGCUCGGUUACUCGCAGCGAGACGCCAUCGAGGCUUUGAAACACGUCGACGGCAACGACGUCCACGACGCCUUGGCCUGGCUCGAGCGUCGCGCCCGCACAGCCGCGUAG